ACUAUAAAUACAACAGAUUGAAACUUUUCAUUGUUCAGUUCACCAAAACAAAUAAUUUAAUCAUGAGCAAUUUGAGAGGAACAAAUAGGUUUAUACUUGUGGCAGUACUCGUAUCAUUUGUGUUUUUAAGCAUCAUGAAUGCUGAAGCUCGUAAAGAAAUUGGAUAUCCAAAACAAAGAUUUGGUGAAGACCGAACGAAUCCGUACGAGGAAAUAACACCACCACUAAUAGGAGGAUGUGAUCCUAAAAAUCCUCAAACGUGUCUACCAAAACAGCCAGCAAAUCCGUACCGACGAGGAUGUUUAAAAAUUACAAGAUGUCAGCGUGAUGUAUAAGCUUUUUCGAACUAUAUAUGUAACAACUAAAGAUUAU